AUGGACUGCAUCUGUGAAAUACUCCAAGGUUUGCUUUUUUUGGCCAUUGCAGCUGUCAUUUUGUUUUGCAUGGUGGCGCACGUGACGGCCGGCGGGGCCGACCUGACGCGACACGACGAGGAGAAACGCUUCAUCACAGCGGCGGGUUCGGAGGAGCUCUUCCCGAGUCUGCGCGAUCCUCCCUCGGUAGAACUCUCCGUGGUGGUCCCCGCCUACAAUGAGGAGCUUCGCAUGCCCGUGAUGCUAGAUGAAGCCUUGGAGUAUUUGGAGAGCCGGCGGAAACGGCGAGCGUCCUUCGACUACGAGGUGAUCGUGGUGGACGACGGCAGCAAAGACAAAACCACGCAGGUGGCGUUGCGCUACACCGAGAUGUACGGCGCCGAUAAAGUUCGGGUUCUGACGCUGGUGAAGAACCGGGGAAAAGGCGGCGCGGUACGCAUGGGAACGCUGAGCUCCAGAGGGCGCCUCAUCCUGAUGGCAGAUGCCGACGGAGCCACCAAAUUUGCCGACCUUGAAAAAGUGGAAGAGGGCCUAAGACAACUCUCUCCCAAACCGGACAACAUGGCGGUGUCGUGCGGUUCCCGAGCUCACCUGGAGCAGGAAGCGCUGGCGCAGCGCUCGAUGUUCCGCAACUUCCUGAUGCGGGGCUUCCACUUCCUGGUUUGGUUCUUGUGCGUGCGCGGCAUCCGCGACACGCAGUGCGGCUUCAAGAUUUUCACGCGUGAGGCGGCGCUGCGCAUUUUCUCCUCGCUGCACGUGGAACGCUGGGCUUUCGACGUGGAGCUCUUGUACAUCGCGCAGCGCUACAAAAUACCCGUGGCGGAGGUGGCCGUCAACUGGACCGAGAUAGAAGGUUCCAAGCUGGUUCCGUUCUGGAGCUGGCUCCAGAUGGGUCGCGAUCUGGUCUUCAUUCGACUUCGCUACCUGACGGGAGCUUGGAAACUGCGGCCCAUCAAGAGCGACUAG